CACAGAGACUCGCGCAUAACCCUCUGCUCGUGUCCCUUAAGUGUCUGGAUCACAGAUAAUAGAGCAUACGACCUGCGGGGGGCUUACAAAAACAUAGCGCUGAGAGUGGGAGCUUCGCACAUGAGGAGGAAAGGAGGAAAGAGGACCGGAGCCACACACACACCGCCCGGGCCAAACGAGGGGGGACGCACAGGACCUCUCAACUUUUACGCACGAAGACAGAGUUUUGCGCACAACUCUAAAGAGCGUCAAUUUAGUGAAUAGGCAGGCAUAGAGAGUUAUGUGUGGAUGCCUGCACCCCUGGGGAUUUUUUACUUGUCUGCUGCAGGCCUUCUGGUUGAAAUAAAGAAAUAAUCUAAGUUGAUGACUUAGAGUUUUGGAACCAAUCAGUUGGAUGGAGACGGACUUUCAAUGAAGCAAACCCGAAGAAUAUAACUAAAAAAAGUUAUUUACUUGAAGCUAAUUAUUUUUUGAAGAUCAGUAAUAGUUAUGCCCCGUCCUGGGAAAAACUCCUACAGCGACCAGAAGCCUCCUUACUCCUACAUUUCCCUGACAGCGAUGGCCAUCCAAAACUCCCCCGAGAAGAUGCUGCCUCUGAGUGACAUCUACAAGUUCAUCAUGGAUCGCUUUCCAUACUACCGAGAGAACACCCAGAGGUGGCAGAACUCCCUCCGACACAACCUCUCUUUCAACGAUUGCUUCAUCAAGAUCCCCCGGCGGCCCGAUCAACCCGGGAAGGGCAGUUUCUGGGCUCUCCACCCGGACUGCGGUGACAUGUUUGAAAACGGCAGUUUCCUGAGGAGGAGGAAGCGCUUCAAAGUGCUGCGCGCUGAACACAUGACCUGCAAGAGUUCCCCUAUGAUGCACUACUUCCACCAUCACCAUCACCACCACCCGGGCAGCAAGCUGGGCGCGCCACCGACUCACCCCGAACACCCGGCCGCCCCAGCAGGUGUGGCCCGGCUCCCUCAUUUCCAGAGCUACGGUGGGAUUACCUGCGCGCAGCCCGGCGGGUUCAAACACCCGUUUGCUAUCGAGAACAUCAUAGGCAGAGACUAUAAGGGGGUGGUGGCCGGAGGACUUCCUCUCACCUCUGUUAUGCACCACCUGGGUUACCCGGUGCCCCCUCAGCUUAGCAGCGUGGUUAACUCCAUGUGGCCGCACGUCGGCGUGCUGUCAGAGUCCAUAAGCGGCGUGCCCAUGCCCGCUCCAUCCUCAGAGUAUGCGCCCUUCAGUGUGUCCACAAAGGGCCUGUACCACAGCGCCGGCGGACCGAGCCUGCCCGCGGUCCCGGUCCCCAUAAAGCCAACCCCAUCUCUGGGUCCCAUGCCGGGUCUCACGGGGCUGCAGACCGGUCCGACCCAGCUCUGCUCUCCCGGGUCGGUGAUGGAUAAGGGCGAUCUGCUGGAAGGGAAAGGAGCCCCGCUGCACCCGGCUCUCCUGCUGUCCUAACCGGGUAAAACCGCGGCUUCAUUUCAGCUCUUUUUCUGCUAAACAAAUCAAAACAGGCCUAUCAGAGAAACCAUCUCAGUAUCAGCUGUUGUAAGAUAUAAAAAGUGUACCCUGUAAGUCAUUUUUUUCAUUCAGACGUAUGUUUAUAAAAAAAAAAAAUCUCAAUUAAUUUGCACACUUUGCAAGGGCAUUUCUACCACUAAUGUGGCGAAUAUAAUCAGACAAGCAGAACCCAAAGAAAGCGAUCAUUUAAAAGACUUUCCUAAAUGCAAAAUAACAAAUGUGUCUAUUUUUUGCUGUCCUUCUACUUGUUUUAAUGUAAAUAACUGCAAAUCUGUUGGUUAAAGUAAACGUGGGCCUUUGUGCUUAAAAAAUAAUCAGGCCUUUGCACUUUUUUUGUCUGUUACUUAGUAGUUUAUUCAAUAUGUUAUGUCUGUAUUAUAAUGCUAUUUACCUGAAGAUAUUUA